AUGAGGUUCAAGCGCCCUCAUUUGAAAGUCGAGCAGCCAGUCUCGACGUUUGCUGAAGGCAAUGCGCGAUGGACAAACAAAGACCUUGAUCCCGUGCCCCCGGGCAACCGCAAAUGGGGCGUCACAUCCUUCAUCGCCUACUGGAUUUCGGAUGCCUUCAACGCGGCGACCUGGCAGUUUGCCGCUGGGAUCAUCGCCGUAGGCCUCACGUGGCGAGAGUCGCUUGGCAUUGUCGCGUUGGCGUUCUUCAUCAUCUCCUUCGUGAUCGCUCUCAAUGGUGCGAUUGGUGUGUUGCACCAUGUGCCGUUCCCGGUCAUCGCUCGUGCAUCCUGGGUAAGCUGUCCACCUCUGGAACACUCGGAGAGUGGGCCUCUGCUUGAUAGUCGGGAUACCUGGACCUUCCCGUGCACUGUCUCUGUCUCUGCGGCUUGUGCUGAUCGAUGUCGCAGUAAGUAG